AUGGGAGGGAAACUCACCUAUCACCUGAACUCCAAAGAACACAGGCACAUCUCAGAGCGCAUUGCUGACAUGAUGGAGAAUUUGGCUCCUCUCUAUCGACGUCACUACGGCUCAAAUCUUUUGACCCACAUGAGGAACAAACACAUGGAGCCAACUGAACCCCGACCUCUCAUCCAGCAUCCUGAUGUUGUUGCACACGCUGGGAUUGUGUUGGAGGGGACUGUGCCCCAGUAUCUAGAUUGGAUCUGGACACAUCGCCACCUAGAGGUUACCAGCAGUUUUACAGUUGAGAGUCGUGAUGCCAAACAGGUAUUUGAGGGUGGUUGGGGGUGUAAGACAGAGCUGGUUCUGUCUGGCUGUCAGAUCUGCACCUCCAUACAAGACCACCGUGAGUUAGUGGAUGACAUGUGCCGACACAUCACAGGUAACCCAGGUGGUAAACUGGCGUGUUGGGAUUGCCCCACAGCGUUCCCUGUCUUCAUACAGCACCCUUACAAUGCCCCAGUGUGUCUGGCCACUGCAUCACACCAGGAACAGACACGGUGGACCAACAUACUACGAGCUGCAACACAACAUCAGAGCUCAGCACUCUGGUGUGAAGAUUCACCGGAAUCCAGGGCCUUUUUUGAUGCCGUGUCUUCUUUGAAGAAGCUCAGAGAAAACUGUCAAACAGACGUACAUCCAAUUGGCAAUGAGGAAGAGGUGUUGGUGAGCAUGCUGAUGGAAGAACUGAUGUCCUACCUGAGGGAGCAAGUCUUUCCCAGGAUUAUUGUACAUCACAGCAGCAGGAAGCAAGCCUGGAUCAGAUUGCUGUCUGAGGUCUACAAGAAAGCAAAGCAGCAGGUAAAAGCUGCGAUGUCAGCUCUGAAGGAGGAGCUGUCACUUUAUCGUUCGGUUGUGGGGAAACAGAUGCCGGCAGGGCUGCAACAGGCCAGCCUGCUGCAUGACCACAUUGCUCACACAAUCACAGAGGACAUGUGUGAACCGAUGUUACAGUCUCUCCGGUGCACCAUCAUCCCAAGACUCGACCGCACUCUGCAGGAAGUGGCCACGCCCAUCUGUGACGGAUUUGCAUCAACCUGGCAAUACUUCCUGGAGUCGUGUGAUGACAUCAUAGACCUGGGAUCAAUGAGCAUAUCAGUGAAAGAUAUUAAAAAAGAGGUGAUUGACAUGUGUGCUCUGAUGUUCUGCAGGUUGGUCUCUCGAUAUCCAUGUAGCUCAUCUGACUCUGCUCAGCUCACGGCGGUGCUGUGCAGGGUCAAAGACAGAGUGGUCAAGCAGCUGGACACAGAACUGCUGGCUCUUCGAUCUCAGCUGAUUCUGGAGAUGACCCUGCAGAUAACACUGUCAGCAUUUACACACAGUGUGGGUGAGCAGGAUUUGUCUCGUUACGAUGCCAUGGUGACCUCAGAACAAGCCGUCUUCAUCCACCCUGACGCUAUCUUCCACUUCAUCCUGAGAGACAGCCUGACGUCUUACAUCCAGUCAGUGAUGAGGUACUCCCUGCCACGGCAAUUUGUGCCUCUCCCUGUCAGCCCGAUUAAUCCCUGCAGCUCCGGCUCUGGUUUCUCUGAGCCAGCGGACGAGCUGCUGCCUCCUGGGGACUGCCAGCAGAACCAAGCCUCAGCAGGCUCUUCCUCAGGAUCUGAAACACUCACGCCGAACACCAUGUCUGACUGGGAUGACACUUUGACCCACUCGGAAAACCACAUACUCCCACUACUUAAUGCAGGAGAAUAUGUACAUCUCACUGAGCCAUGA